AUGGGUAAAAAGAGUAAAUUCACUCUUCACCUUGUGAAACAAGCCGACAACGGAUCAUAUCGUAUAAAAUCACCGGAAGAAGAUUCUAGUCAGGUUCCUCCUUGUCCUGCACCAAAAGAAAGGGUAGACCUACAAAAUGAAGAUAAUGCGGAAAAAGAAGCCAAUACAGAGGCGAAUUCCACUUCUGAGUUUGAAAGUCUUUUCGAACACAGCAGCGAGGAUGAUAUCUCCAGUGGCAGUAGUGAUGCGUACGAUCCAGAUAAAAACAAAAAUGACCAUAGCAGUAACAAGAGCAAGGAAGACGACGAUGACGAAGUUGAUGUGGGAGUGAAGAGUACUAAGCAGCGGCGUAAAAGGAAAAGCAAUCAAUCACUUCAAAGUUUGCAGAAAGAAAAACGUAUGAGGGGACAGGAUUAUUUAGGAAUGCAAAAAGAUGAGUUUGGCAAAAAGAGACCAACAAUGAGCAGGAGCAGGAGGGAAAUGAAACCACGAUGUACUUGUAAACAUUCUUCCUUAAAUCGGAACAGGAAUUGCAAGGAUAUUACAGAAGAGCAGAGACAGCGAAUAUUUAAUCAUUUCUGGCAGGAUAUGUCUUGGGGUGAAAGAAAAAUUUUUGUUAGAAGCCAUGUCUACUACGUUCCAGUUAAAAGACGCAGAAAUAAUUCAGAAUCUAUUAAAUCUCACCGGUCUGCUGCUGGACUCAUCCAUAGGGACAAAAGUGAAGGGGCGUCCGUCCCUGAGAACUGCGUUUUAAGUUUUUACUUCGAGUCUAUUUUUCUGUAUCUCUGUCAUGGCUCCUCCUAA